AUGAGCGCUGCUAAUAUUGUACGGUGUUUAUCAGAACUAUUUGAUGUUGAUUUGACUUUAAAGAUAACGAAAAUCUCUCAAAAAGAACGUUUGAUCGUGCAACGUUUAGCUGAAAUCAUUAACUCACUUACUAACUGUGAUCAAUUUCAUUAUGAUGCUGAAGUAACAUUGGAUUUGGUGAACGAUCUGAAUGAUUAUUAUUAUGAUACUGAUAUUUUAAAUAAUUAUUCUAUUGAAUUUAUGAAGGAAGUAAUUGAUUUUGCUGAUGCAAAAGAUUCAUCUGGUAAACGACGCCGAUCAUGGAAAACUAUUAAACAUCGAUAUCGAUCCAUUCCAGAUCAAGCUUAUAUUUCUCGAUUUCGUCAAUAUGUAGCUCAACAAGGAACAGAACGACAAAAAACUCUAGAUAUUGAUAAAGCUGUCCAUCAAAAGUUUUUAAAAGCUCGUGAAUAA